CAUCAAUCAAAGCAUUAAAACCCCCCUCGCUUUCAGCUCCAUGGCCAUGACUCCAUAAAGGUUCAGUCUCUAUAUCUCUCUCUCCGUCACUUACUAAAAGCAGCGGUUACUUUUUCAAAUUUUGAGGCGAAAUACAUUCACAUUUUCUGUAAUGGAAGCACGAGAAUUCGUCAUUGGCGGCGGCUUUUUGGGGGCUGCCGCCGGGGAGUCACAAUAUGGUUGCGAAAACCGUUACCUAGUGGAACAUAAGUCCGCGGAGCACAGCCUCAAUGCUAACAAUUUCACCGUCGAUGAGCUUCUCGACUUCUCAAAACACGACGAGGUCACCGCCGACGAUUUCUUCGACGACAGUGCUGCAGGCCGCUCCUCCACCGUCGCUGCUGUCGACAGCUGUAAAUCCGGCGGCCAAUUCAGCGGUAAUUUUAGCUGCGGUAGCUUCACCGACACCCCUUUCAGCACUUCCGAGCUUUGCAUUCCGUAUGAUGAUUUGGCGGAGCUGGAAUGGUUGUCGAACUUCGUGGAGGACUCAUUCUCGAGCGACGAGGUUCAAAAUCUUCAGCUAAUUUUGGCCACAAAAACUUCCGCCACCGCCGCUGAUUCUUCCUCCUCCGCCUCCGCCAGCGCCAAUUGCAAGGAAAUCGGCAACAAUUAUUCACUUCCGGCAUUCCCUAAUUCCGACGUCUCAGUUCCCGGCAAAGCGCGCAGCAAACGUUCCCGCGCCGCGCCCUGGGACUGGUCGUCCCGCAUCCUGCUCCUUUCCCCAGAGAAGUCACAGUCGGAGAGCAAGAACAACGCAUCGGCUCCGAAAGCGUCGGCGGCGUCUAAAAGAAGAGAAAGCUGCAACGAGACUCAAGGGCGGAAGUGCCUGCACUGUGCGUCUGAAAAGACGCCCCAGUGGCGGACCGGGCCAAUGGGGCCUAAGACGCUUUGCAACGCGUGUGGGGUCCGAUACAAAUCGGGGCGUCUGGUGCCCGAAUACCGACCCGCGGCCAGCCCCACAUUCGUCUCCACCAAACACUCCAACUCCCACCGCAAGGUCCUGGAGCUCCGCCGCCAAAACGACCUCCACCUCCACCACCAGCAACAGUUGCUCAGUCAAGCCUCCAUCUUCGGCGGCGAUGCCUACUUGCUUCACCGUCAACAAUCAUGCGGCCCUGACUAUACGCACAUGAUCUAGCCCCCAAUCAGCUUCCAGUACGUACAUUUAUGCUCCAAGUAACAUUAUUGAAAAAGCAACUCCAUCAAUUUUCCUAAUUUACGAUAUUACUCCUAUCCUAUCUCGAGGAAGGUGCAGUGAAGAACCAAAUACAACUGAAUUCAGAAUUCUGUAAUUCUUUCGCUAAUUAAUAAUUACGUUAAGUUUUUCUUCAUGUACAACAGCGUUACUUGGAUUAUUUCUUGUACUGUAGCUUGCUAACAUAUGAAUAAAACUUUUGAUUAUUUUAAAAAA